GCGUGUGGACAAGAUGCCAGAUGUGAACGCGCCUGUCUCAGAUUAAAAUUAUCUGGCUAAUAUUAGGGUAUAGACAGCUGGUGCACGCAGGGGAGGCGUGGAUACCUGCUUUCGUCUGUUCCUUUGGCUGCACCCUCUUCCCCAGCAAGACUUUGCGAACCCAACCACAGUAUACAACUCUCUCUUAUCGCCAUUCUAGUCGUGGAGGGGGGUGCGCAAGCGAACGAUGGACUACGGCAAAAGUUUCUUGAAAGCACUGGCGGCGGCCCUGUUUUGCUUGCUGACGCUGCGGCCACUGCCCGUGGAUACCAGGAGCCUUCGAGUGAAAGUUGGAGACAAACACGACGACUAUGAGUAUCAGUUGAUUUCACAUUCGUCACAAUACCAGAGGAAUGAUCGGUGCCCACCUCCACCUCAGGCAUUACCGGACAGUGCCUGUGAGGUUCCCAGCUGCAGGUCAGACUCUGAGUGUGAAAGGCACAAACGAUGCUGUUACAAUGGUUGCAUUUAUGCUUGCUUGGAAUCUGUGCAGCCACCACCAGUUUUAGAUUGGUUGGUGCAGCCAAAGCCCAGAUGGCUUGGGGGUAAUGGAUGGUUACUCGAUGGACCAGAAGAAGUGCUUCAAGCUGAAGCCUGCAGCACGACAGAGGAUGGUGACGAACCCCUGCAUUGUCCCACUGGCUAUGAAUGUCACAUCAUAAAUCCAGGGAAUCCUACAGAAGGAAUUCCAAAUAGAGGACAGUGCAUAAAGCAAAGAGGAAAUAGUGAUGCACGAAAUUUAAGACCGAAAGUUUUCAAAGACUACAAAGAUUAUUUUGGGACUAACUCCAAUAAUGCUGUUGGCUACAAAAAACACCAUCAUAAACAUCUGGGCUAAAGUUGCUCCUGUGACAGGACAGCAAGGUGCAGUGUGAACAGAAACAUAGCAAUUUCAAAUGUUGUAAAUUUACAGGUAACCUAGAGCAUUACUAAUGCUUAGUCACAGAUAUCACACUUCAACUUUUUAUCAUCAAACUACAUCCCUGAAAUUGCUGGCAUAGUAAUGGCAAGAUAAAGUUUCAAGUACAUGAAAUAAGAAUUUUGUAGCAAGAAGGAUGAGCCACAAUAAAUCACUAGCAACUGCUGGGCCAUUUGCCUUUAAUCUUCCUGUGAAAAUAAAAUAAAUUGCCACAAAAGUCAUAAUCACCACUUAAUGAUGAAACCAUGUCAAUGUGUAUUUGUUUCCAACAUGCUUCAUCUGAGAAAUUAUCAGGAAAAAUCAGUUACUAAUUAACUAACGAUUAUUCUACACAUCCCGUGUAAACUUUCAUCCUGGUUCAUUGCUUUGUAUGAUAAAAUUGAUUUGUUGAAGAAUGAAGCAGUUAAAUCAAUAUUAAGAUUUGGCCUCUAGGAUUUGGAAAUCCUCACUAGUCCAAAGUCAAACUCUUAAAGCAAGUGGAUCUGGUAAUUUGCAAGUAAUUAGUGUGCCAAUUUCAUAAGAAAGGCAGCAGCUUCUCUGAUUUCCAAAUUUCAGUCAUUACCAAUAUAGUAUGCACUUUCGAGCAGAAGGCAGCUUUAUUGAUAUUUAUUUCCAUGGCCAGAAACCUCAGAACUGUACAUUUUCUAUGAAGAUAAUUGUUAUUUCAAUUCACAUAUGUUUAAGCUACUAUGGCAGUAUUUGGAUAGCCAUUCUAGUCAUUAAAUUUCACCGUCUAAAGAGUUCAUUUGACCAUUCAUAAUUUUGCGAGUUAAGUUUGAUAUAUCUUUACUAUGUACUUCUGACAAUGAGCAGUGUAAGAGCCAAAGAGUGACGUCUCCAGUAGAAUGUGGUCAAAGAACAUCUCCAUAUUAUAGCAAUUAUGUUAGCAGGAAAUUGCACAGAAUUUUGAAACUAACAAUUGAUAAAGGUCUUUAGUUAUUAUCACAGUCAUGCCAAACAUAGUACACACCUUUUGACAGUAAGUCCAUCUAUUUGCAGGAUAGAAUCAUUUGAAGAAGGAAAUUACAUCUGUAAUAUAUUACUUGAUCUUGAAAUAGAAAAUGGAGGAAGUUUGAAAAAGUUGAAUACUUAGAUUUUGUGUAAUCCUGUACUUUGUACCAUCAAUGAAACAAAGUACUGGCAAAGCAUAGUAAGUCAAAUUAGCAUCUAUGAAGGAAAAAAUUGCUAAAAUGUAUCUAUAAAACAUCCAAUAAGCUAACCUACAUUUCAUUUAAGUAUUGAUACAUUUUUUAUAUUCAAACUCUACUAUGGGACAGUUGUCUGUAUUUUAAGGCCUUUUACUUGCUUUAUUGCUCUUCAUUACAAUUUGAAUGUUUAGAAUAAAAUAUAGAGAACCCCUUGUAUAAUGGCAUAGUUUAAGAACAAGUUAUUCAGUAAUAAGAAUCAAUAUAUGGUAGCAUAUGUAGUGCAUUUUAACCAAUGGGACUAAUGUAGUUGAACUCAUAGUUAUCUGUUCUAUCCUUAAGUCAACCUGUUUGUCCCCAGUUACAGUGGAACUAGAUAUUUAUUGUUUAGUUACUAUCAAAAUUGAAAUAACUCACAUAGUAUGGUAGGAAAGGAAAAGAUUGCCAUUUAUGUUUUUCAUCCUUAAGAUCAUGACAUUUCAUUAAUAAUAACUGGAAUGACAGUUGUGCAACACAACACGUGAGAUAAAAUGUACCACUUUGCUUAGUUCAAGUAUGAAAGUUCAUGAAUCUCCUGUUACACAUAUCACAUUUGUAAAAUUAAAUAUAGACCAAUAAAAAGGCAGCUGCCAAGAACUGUGUUGUAAAGUAAUUCACUAUACUGAUUUUUCAAAUGUGGCCACAUUGAGAUAUAACUCCCUUCACUAAUAAUUCCCUUCAGAUUUAUUUUUAAUGGAAUAUUAGUAAAUGGAGGAAAGUGUACUGACCAGAAAUUCUGCUCCAGUCAGCAGUGCAAAAUGUAUAUUCGCACAUUGUAUUAAAGCUUCAAAAUGUAUUCGAAUGAAGUCAAUAGAAAUGAACAUUGUCAAUUUCUAAGUGACUCAGUUUUUCCUUUAAAAUCUUCUUAAUGGUUCUACAUAGCAUGAUAGUUUAGAGGAAGAUUAUGAAUGUUUUUCCAGAACAAAGUGACACAUUCCCACUUUAACUUUCAAUAUAUCUGGGAGAUGCAAAGAACUGUGUUGCAACAUGUGUACAUUGCCCUACACCUCCCUCCAAGCAGCUCCUGCCCCUCCUACCCCAAAUCCUAAAGGCAAAUAAACAAACUCUCAGAGUUUAGAGUAAGUACUGGCAUUAAUCUCAAAUGAUUUACCAUUAAACCACAUCAAGCCUACUUCUUAAUCCUUGCAGUGAAUUUGCAGUGACCGGACAUGAAAAUAACUUGACAUUGGAUAUCAAUAUGUAUCACUUAUACUUUGCUUGGUUCCAUGUUUUGCUUUAGCAAAUACUGCUUUUGACCAGUAAACACCAUUAAAUUAAAGUGGCCAAAUCAAAUCAAUUUCCUUAAAUACUUUAAGAUAGUUAAAUGAUACUAUCUCUCCAUUGGAAGAGGUCCCACUAGAAUUUUUCAAAUUUGUCCUUUUCCAAAUGAUCAAUGGAAAUCGUUGUAACUGGUAUUUGUUGGGGGAUAGUUCAGAAUCAAAUUGUGAUUGAGUUCCUAAUGGUUUUACCUCAAAUACAAAUGGAACUGAAUUUGUUGGGGUGUGUGAUGGUAAGGAGAAUAUUCCUGAGAAUAUUCAGUACCAGUGACCAAAGAUAAGUUUCUUGCUCAAGUACCUAGUAGAUUUUGGCUACAAACAUCCCUCUUUUAAACACUAAUUAAAAGCAGUAGUAUUCUGCAAACUAGUAUUGCUUUGACAAGUAGUACAUUGGAACAUUUGAAAAUAUGCUAUUAUGUUACAGUUUAAUAAACCUUACAUAAAUAUGCCUUUUAAUUUUAUAUGCUUAAUCAUUGUAAUAUCAUUCAUCGUCUUAACUGCCAUCUUUAUCUUUACAAUUGUAGUAAGGAUUAUUUUUACGUUGUAACACAGGGCGAGAUGUUGUAAAUUGAAUUGUUUGAUAUUUAUAUUUCCAUGUAAGACUUGACUUUUUUACUCAUGACCUAAACACGAGGAAAUCUGCAGGUGCUGGAAUUUCAAGCAACACACAUAAAACUUGCUGGUGAACACAGCAGGCCAGGCAGCAUCUCUAG